CCGAUCGUGAGCGGAGACAGCGCUCAAGGAUUAGCAGAUGAUACGUUGUCUGGCUUGGAAAUGACCAAGCGGCUGAGCUAAGCAGCGAUUUGUAGUCUUUUGCAUCCAGCAUGAUCACAGACCAUUUCUCCCUCAAAGCAGACACAUCAAAGGGAUCAGCACUCAAACGCAAAGAUACUUCUUGAAACCCUUAACGAAGACCACCAAGAUGGCCCCUUCUAAAACCUUACUUUUAUGCCUGGGAGUCCUCGCAACUGUGACCGUCUCCGGUGUUAAUGCAGUUACUAAAGUCGAAAUGGCUUCUUGCGGGAAGACUGUGACUUUAGCCGACUGCAUUCAGAAGACCCUCAUCUGCGCACCUUUAGACAACUUGCUCUCUCCUCUGCUAGGGGACCCUACCACCAUCAUGGGCUGCUCGACGAAAACCGGAGUCCCACUCAAAGGAAAGUUCUACGCUGCUUUGGGUCAGUCGGUAGCAUCAGGCGGCUCCUUUUCCUCGUUCUCCUCUUCUUCUUCUUCUUCCUCUUCUUCGUCAUCCUCGUCUGAUUCAGGAAUUCUGGACGAGUUAACUUCGAACCCAGUCGCUGACGCUGCUAUCAGAGAGUGUGUCCUCAACUCUACGGGAAUGCUCACCCCUACUCUGGCUCUGGACCGCGCCGCCAUAGCUGAACAGGUGUCGCUGCUUUCGCCGCCUUCUCUCGGAGCGGCUGUUGUAGGCGGUGUGGAAACCUGCCCAGAACCUGUCAACUUCAAGAUAGCCACCUUCAUCCGAUGUCUGAAGAAGAUGUGCAUCGCUGCUGCUGUUAUCCCUACUGCAGCCGCGCCAACUUUCUCUGGGUUUCCUUCCUUCUAAGAACGAGGGAGGAAAGAAGAAGAGAGCGGGAGACGCUCAUGUCAGCAGCAGAGGAAGAUUAGCUACUUUUGAGAGAGAGAGAGAGAGAGAGAGAGAGAGAGAGAGAGAGAGAGAGUCAUGUGUUUUCAGACGAGAUAGGGAGAAUUUGCUUUUGUAAAACAUGAGAGAUGCAUUUGAGAGACAGGUAUUUCAUUCAUGAAACAUUUCAAAGAAUUAUUGGUGUUUUGGAGAGAGAGAGAGAGAGAGAGAGAGCAUUUGUUGAAAUAAGAGAGGAAGACAGAAGUGGCCUUCAGAGAGAGGGGGGGUUGGGGUGUGGGGGGCGGGGGGAAGCGGCGAAGAAAUUCUUGCUGUUAUGAAAGAGAAAAAAAGAACUUGCGAUUAGAAUCCUGAAGGCAUGAGAAAUGAUCAUCAAGUGAGAGGGAACCAGAGAGGGAAAACAGAGGUAAUUAGUUGUUGAGAGAGAGAGAGAGAGAGAGAGAGAGAGAGAGAUUUCAAAGUUUAUGCAAAAGUCAGAAGAAAUAUUCAGAAUGCAAUGAAAGAAGAUUCGUCAGCGCUCUUAUUCCCAAUUCCUGUGUGCUCCAUUCAUAUUUUUUCUUUGCCAGUUCAUUCUUAUUUGUAUAUUUCAUUAGUUCUGUUGUUUCGAAUACUUGUUUAACCAGAUCUGCCACAGACCUAAAGUUUAACGCAGGAGAUGGAUCAAUAAAGUACAUUAGUUACGUAGCCUAAUAUUACUGAAAUAAGUUGAUGACAGAAGGAGAUAAACAAAAGAAAGUUAAAGAAACCUUAAGAUAUUGUCAGUAAAACAAUAAAAUUGGCUCAUUAGUCUCCUGAUUACAUGUCGGUCUGUCAAAUGUCUCACAAGAAUUACGUAUCCAAAAGAUUUUCGUUGGUCACAUUAUUGCUCCAGCUUCAUACAGGUUGCUUUUUGUCAAACCAUAAAGUAUAUAAAUAUCAGAGAAUUUACUCUUUGGACACAAAUGGUUAUGUAUCUUACCCAAAAAUUAAAGGGGUUUCAGUG